AUGGAGGUGAGUCAAGAAGAUUAUGGAGAAUGUAAAUCCUCUCAUCCCCUCUUUUUCUCCAACAAUGGUGAUACUGUCUUCAAAUUUGAUCGGUCAGGCUUGUUCUUCUUCAUUAGUGGUGUUCCUGGUCACUGUAACAGAGGGCAGAAGAUGAUCAUCAAGGUUUUGGAUAUUGAGCCAACACCCCCACCCCAAUCUGCAAAUGACAGUGCACCAAAGUCACAUUCAAAAAGUGGAGUUGCUGAACUGACUCCUACGAGGAUAAUAACAGCAUCCACACUUGUUGUUAUGUCAUCCUUCUUCCUUCAUCUUUAUGUUUAA